AUGGGAGAGAAGGUGCACGUGCUGCCGCAGACCGUGCUGUACAUAGCAGACGCGGAGACCUUCAGCGGGCACGAGGACUGCCACGAGCAGAAGAAAGCCAGGAAAAGAAACAGUAAAGAAACAGCAAUUGCCCUCGAAAAAUUGUUGCCAAAGCGAUGUCAGGUUCUUGGACUGGUCACCCCAGGGAUUGUAGUUACCCCUAUGGGUUCAAGCAGCAAUCAACCUCAAGAAAUCGAAGAGGGCGAAGCUGGGUUUGCUCUGUUGUUUCCCAAAAUCGAUGGGGUGAAAAUUCAUACCUUCCAUUUUUCGAAAGACUUGAAGAACAGGGUCUUUGAUGAAAGUAAAUUUGCUGAAGCAGGUCUGAAGAAUAACCCAGAUCUCCGGGUGGUUCUUCUGUUUGGCUACAACUCCUGGAAGUCUGGAGCAACUCGAUUUCUUCAUCAAAUAGUCAAUCCUUUGAAUGAGAAAAGUAUCAUCCUGGCUGGGGGACAAGUGGAGAGCUUUACAUCACUGACCUCGGAGAAUAACAACGCCCAGCCGGGCGACGCCUGCGGUGUGGUGGGGCUGGCUUUCAGCGGUCCCCAGAUCCAGAGUGCCACUGUUUUGUUAGACCAGGAUGUAGCUGAUGAGAGGACAGCAGAAGCCGCCAUGCAGCGUCUCAAAGCAGCAAACAUCCCUGAGCGUAACACCAUUGGCUUCAUGUUUGCAUGUGUUGGCAGAGGAUAUCGGCAUUAUAAAACCAAAAGGAACAUGGAAGCAGAUGCCUUUAGGAAGUUUUUUCCAAACGUUCCCCUCUUUGGCUUUUUUGGACAUGGGGAAAUAGGAUGUGAUCGAAUAGUUACUGGGAAUUUCGUAUUAAGAGAAUGUAAUGACAUAAAGGAUGACCUGCUUCAUGGUUACACUACCGUUAUGACUCUUAUUCAUCUCGGUUCGACUAAAGCAAACCAAGUGUAAAUACGUUUUUAAUGCUUCAGUGAGCUGUUUGUUUCAUUCCAGAAAGCUGAGAAGUCUGGAAGAGUGGACAUCUUGCAAUCAAAGCCUCUUCCAAAACAUAAACAUCAUUUUGGUAAUAUUAUCGAAUCUUGUAGUUGGAAUAGAAUUUAAUGUAAUAGCUAUGAGAAAGCUUUGCAUUUUGUGUAAUCCCCUCUACACCUCAGAAUUGCAGGUAAAUGGGUAUUUGAUGGAAUUCUGCAAUUGAAGAAAGCCUCUUUCUUCCAAAAUGAGAAUGGUUU